AGAGGGGGAGAAUGAACGAGGGCUGGCUGGCGUCAGUUCGCUAAGCUCGCAGGGGAAUCAGGAGCGAAAACAGAACGUGGACACAAUGGAUUCUCUAGCAGGCGGAUCGUAAAUUGAACCAACCUCGGUUUACACUGGAACAAGGGAGGGGAAGGAAGACAUAAAACAGGGGAGCUAUGCCGUUACUGCCCACUCUCACCGGCUCAGUGUGAUCAACCAUGAUGAAGACUGAACCCCCGCCUGCGGGCGGCGCCAGCGCCAGCUCAACCCUCCGGAGCCCGUCCCCCCACCGGAACGCCUACGAGGCUGGCAUCCAAGCUCUGAAGCAGGCCCAUGAUGCCCUGAACAGUGCCGCCAAUGGGGAAGAAGCCACCAAGGAUGGCAAGCCACUGCGACCCACCGGGAGGGGCCGCCGCCAGUACGGCUCCAAUGUCCACCGCAUCAAGAGCAUGUUUAUGCAGAUGCAGUCGCCAGGGGACGAGGACGACCCGGCCAAGGCCAAGGACCAGGCGGUGCGGCUCUCCCUGCCCCGGGCUAGCAGCCUCAACGAGGACGUGAACCACAGCGCCCUGCUCAAGCUGGGUGCCACUGUCUCCGAGCGUGUCAACCGCUUCGACCCCAAGGGCGGUGAGGUUGGUGGUUCGCGCGGUGCCGCCACGGGUUACUCAAAGCUGCAAGAGACACGGAAGAUCUUUGAGCAGCGACAGCUGCAGGAGAAGCAGUCUGCCACCAACCGCAUACUGCUGAAGAAAGAACGUCCGGUUUCGUCUGCAGUCCAAGACAGCCGCCUGGAUGUGGUGGUGCGCUUUAACGGCAGCACAGAGUCUCUGGACAGCCUGGAUACGGUAGUGGGAGCUGGUGAGGCGGUUUCGCCCACCGUUAGCCAGCUCAGCGCCGUGUUUGAGAAGGCAGAUCUUAGGAACAACCUGCACCGGCCAACCUCCACAUCCCCGCUGCCCUGCCGAGGAGAAAGCCCUGUUCCGGCUAAAACGGCAGUAGGCCUGAACUCCAGAGUCAUCCCAAGGAAGGUGCGAGUUUUCCCCCCUGGGAGUCAAGAGGAUGGCCAGCCCACCGACCUUGAGGGUUCUCCCAAAAGCCCCAAGAACAGAGCAGCCCCCCAAAAUGUGGAUGGCUCCUCAGAAAGUCCACGACCAAGGGACAGGACCUCGUCAUCCUCCAGCGAAGCCAAGCCUGAGACAGAAAGUGGCAAAGAAGCCAGGGGCUUGAGUACCGAAAGUGAGCCAGGUAGGGAACCCAAACCAGGAAACGCCGGGGACUCCUCUUCUGCCCCCGAGGUUGGGAGUCGGCUGGUGCAGGCCGAUGUUCAUGCCUCCCUGGAGAAUGGAGAGGCCCCUGAGGGCCCCAGCGACAUGUCAGGGAGGCAGGAAAGAGAGAGGGGCCAGAGUGAGUGUCAAGGGGAGGGGCCCCGGAGCGAGAGACAGGAAGAGGAUGGCGUUGAGGAGGAGUCCCGCAAAGAGGAUUACUCAGAGGGCGACCUGGUGGACAUCAGCGCAUACAGCGGCAUCGGAGAGGACUCUGGUGGCAGUCAGCUGGAUGAAGAUGAGGAGGAAGAUGAGCCCUACGAGCCAGAGUCUAGCUGCUCUGAGAUCCCCGGGCUGCCUCCUGAGGAGGAAUCCCCUCCUGAGAACAGGAAGAUCUGCUUCAGCACUGGACCCAUUAAGGUGUUCACCACGUACUCCAAUGAGGACUAUGACCGGCGUAACGAUGACGUGGACCCCAUGGCGGCAUCAGCCGAAUACGAGCUGGAGAAAAGGGUGGAGAGACUGGACCUUUUCCCUGUGGAGUUGGAGAAAGACGGUGAUGGUCUGGGAAUCAGCAUAAUUGGCAUGGGUGCCGGGGCAGACAUGGGUCUGGAGAAACUGGGCAUUUUUGUCAAGACAGUCACAGAUGGAGGCGCUGCACAUCGAGAUGGAAGGAUCCAGGUGAAUGACUUGAUCGUGGAGGUGGAUGGGACCAGCCUAGUUGGAGUGACCCAGGCCUUUGCCGCCUCAGUCCUCAGGAACACUACCGGCACCGUCAAGUUCAUGAUUGGCCGGGAGAAGCCCGGGGAGCAGAGUGAGGUGGCUCAGCUGAUCCAGCAGACCCUGGAGCAGGAGCGCUGGCAGAAGGAGAUGAUGGAGCAGCGCUACAACCAGUACAUGGAGGAGGACGAGGAGACGGGUGAGUACGCCACAGAUGAGGAGGAGGAGAUGAGCCCCAUGUUCCCCAACGCCAUCGAGGUGUUUGACCUGGCGGAGCAGGAGGACAUGCUCUCCCCAAUAGAGAUGGAUCCAGAGAAACUGGCCCACAAGUUUAAAGAGCUUCAAAUCAAGCAUGCCGUCACCCAGGCUGAGAUCCAACAGCUGAAGAGGAAGCUGGCACAUGCGGAGCAGGAUAAACUGCGCUGGCGUACGGAGCGCGCUCAGCUGGAGCAGAGUGUGCGAGAGAACAAGGAGCGCAUGGAAAAGCUGGAGGGCUACUGGAUGGAGGCCCAGAGUCUGUGUCAGGCAGUGGACGAGCACCUGAAGGAGACGCAGGCCCAGUACCAGACACUGGAGCGCAAGUACACCAAGGCCAAGCGCCUCAUCAAGGAGUACCAGCAGAAGGAGAUUGAAUAUCUGAAGAAGGAGACAGCCCAACGCAGAGCCCAACAGGAGACAGAAGCAACUCAUAAAGAACAGGCAGAUCUGCUCCAGGACAAGAUCACAGAUCUGGAGACCAAGGUGGGUGCUUUGAAGACUUCUGAUCCCUCCUAAAUCUGCCUUCACACUGGGACCAUCUUCUCCCAAUCCACCUCUCCCAUGAUGGAUUGUAAGAACGACAAAAAUAAAGAACAUAAUGGAAAAAGAAAGACUUUAGGGGCAGCAGUUUGAAAGUGAGUGGCGGGGGUGUCUUUUUCAGAACCUGAAUCUUCGCAUCAAACCACAGUCAACUAGUUAACUUACCAAGAGAUCUGUGAUGGAGAUCACGUCCAUGCUCGUCUUUUUAUAAUAUUACCUGUAACGUAACUAACUAACCAACCAACCGGGAUGCACAGCCUCUCCUGACAUCUACAAUGCUUCUAUACUGGAUAUGGGGAACACACUGGACAGAAGAAACUGUCAUGAGGACAAAGACUCUCAUCAGAUUCUUGUGACAGACUGUAAUGGUCACUGGUGACGGACAGUAAUGAUAACUGGUGACGGACAGUAAUGAUUACUGGUGACGGACAGUAAUGAUUACUGGUGACGGACAGUAAUAAUAACUGGUAAUGGACAGCGAUGAUAGCUGGUGAUGGACAGUAAUGAUAGCUGGUGACGGACAGGUAUAAUAACUGGUGACGGACAGUGAUGAUAACUGGUGAUGGACAGUGACAGUGAUGAUAACUGGUGAUGGACAGUGACAGUGAUGAUAACUGGUGAUGGACAGUGACAGUGAUGAUAACUGGUGAUGGACAGUGAAGAUGAAUAGUAACGGACAAUGACAGUGAUAAAAACUGGUGAUGGACAUUAAUGGAAACUGGUGAUGGACGGUAAUGAUAUCUGGUGACGGACAGUGACAGCGAUGAUAACUCGUGAUCGACAGCGAUGAUAACUGGUGACAGACAGCGAUGAUAACUGGUGACGGACAGCGAUGAUAACUGGGGACGGACAACAAUGAUAACUGGUGAUGGACAACAAUGAUAACUUGUGACUGACAGUGAUGAUAACUGGUGAUGGACAGCAAUGAUAACUUGUGACGGACAGUGAUGACAACUGGUGAUGGACAGCGAUGAUAAAGGGUGACAGACAGCAAUGGUAAAUGGCGAUGGACAAGUAAUGCUAACUGGUGAUGGACGGUGAUGAUAACUGGUGAUGGACGGUGAUGAUAAAUGGUGAUGGACUGUAAUGAUAACUGAUGAUGGAUGGUGAUUCUACUGUGUGGCAUGAUCUCUACAGCUGCUCCACCCUUUUUGUUCAGCUGCUCCGUGUAUUAUGGAAAGAGAGACUCAUGUUGGGCUAAAGUUUGUUUGUACAGUGACGCUAUGCUGGAUGGAGAUUGAUUUGUCUGUAUAUAUUCUUUACAUAUAUUUAAAAUUGUUUAAAGGCUUAAGCAAUAUGGCUGGGUCUGAGCUGGGGUGUGGGAGGAUGUUGAUAUUGAAAAGACAGGGCACACAAAGGACGUCCAUGUGAAUGAAGUCCAAGGCCAAGUGCUGCAUUUUCUUUUUUUUAUUAGCAAAAUGGCAAACAGGGUGUGAAGAUGUGGUCAACAGUUCAGUGUGUUACCAGUGGGUUUAAGUGAGUCUCACAGUUUGGUCGUGAUAACUUAGUGUCAGUAUUAUAUACGGCCUUCUGCUUUACUCCAUAUACAUUUCAGAAUCUGGGUUUUCCCAUCACUCCAACAAAUAAGGUCUUUCUCACACGCUCACCUCUGCGCCUAGAACCACAGGAGUUUUAGCAGGAGUGGUUGAGUCUAGUCCCCAGUCAGUGCAUCCCUUCCUAGUCUAUGUAGCGGAUGUGUGUGUUUGUGUGAUGUUCGGGUGACUAGGACAGCAAUGUCCGGGUGUCACACAGACUCUCCGUGGAAGGGAGAGGUGGAAGGAGGCUUGGGAGGUGGAGGGAGGAGUGGGUGGUGGAGAAAAGAGUCUGAGGUUGAGCGAGGCGUGGGUGACUCCAGCCUGCUUCGGUAACCGCAAGUGGCUUUUCUCCUUCAUGUUUUCUCUGACCUGUGACAUAAAAGGGGAGGUGAAAGCAAAGAAAUGUGUGUUCCCGAUCCAAAGCCUGUGAGAGGACCUGUUUCUUGUCCAGAUGGCCUCGGGUCAGUGCAGGAGGAGCUGACUCGGGUCAGUGCAGGAGGAGCCGACUCGGGUCAGUGCAGGAGGAGCCGACUCGGGUCAGUGCAGGAGGAGCCGACUCGGGUCAGUGCAGGAGGAGCCGACUCGGGUCAGUGUAGGAGGAGCCGACUCGGGUCAGUGCAGGAGGAGCCGACUCGGGUCAGUGUAGGAGGAGCCGACUCGGCACCCGAUUCGCCACCCAAAGCUGACUACUGAGAUCCAGGGAUCGAUGUUGAUCAGUACGCUCCCCGAUCUCCUCUCAACCCAACCUGCUGCCUUGCACCAUCAGUGUUGCUCAUCUUUGUCAACCGUCUCUUCUUUCUGGACACAUUUGCCCCCCAGCCCCCGACAGUUAGUAGAUUUUUCUAAAAUCAGUGGCCAAAUGUCAUUUUUAAGCUGGUGUCAUCUGGUGUCAUUUGGUGUUUUAAUGUCAAAUUCUGAUUAUUUUAACUAUGGAAAACAUGUAUUUCACAGUGUUCAUUGGCCCUAUUGUAUUUUAUGUGGCAAUACUGCUCCACACCAACAGAGGUCACUGUUUGACAGGCUUCAGAGGAAUACUAAGUCAGUGUUCCCCGACCCUGGGUAUUGGCCUCUCCACAGCGGGUAAUUCAGGGGAACUCAGUGCAGAUCAGAAUUCAGUAGGCGGUCCAGUUACUAUGAGGGGUUUGGAACCACUGACCUAGGUCACCGGGAAGGGGCUAAUUCCUGGUUUACCGUCUGGAAUAAGUUCUGAUCUCUGUUCACAAGGUGCUGAUAUUAGUCAGUGCGGAAAGAGCAACGAUGCGGUCAGUCAUGACGUCGUAUAGAAAGGGGACUUAAAAGGAAACACGCUUCGAGCAUUUCUUUGUUGCUCUUUUAGUCUUGGAAGAUAUUGAACCAUUAUUAGCCUAUUGAAUCCAUUCGGCAUGCUUGUAGGCCUAUAUAGGAUGCUGUUACAGUGUGAGUGUUCAGGGUAUGGGCAACUCACCUUCAUGGAGACAAGCAGUGCCUCUCAUCCUUGUUGUAUUAUUGGUAGUGUGUGCUUCUCUCGCAGCUUCAAGCAGUUUAUGUGUAUUUUACCUUCAUUUAAAUCCAUCUCCGCUGAAUUUCCUACAUUCGUGAAACAAACCGGUUUACCUCCGCUAGCCAAGAGGAGGAGGACUGUGCGUAGAACACGGCUGGAUGCGUGCUGUUCUACCGCAUCGGUUUUAGGAUGGCUCUCGAAUGGACGCAACCCGAUGGGCUUGCCUGUACAGUCUCCAUUACGAAAUGGACCGCCUCUCACCUCUUGGACCGACACUGGACAAGUAUUAUUUGACAAAAACUGGACUUGAUCAAGUGUUUUCACAUACAGUAACAUUCCGUGGCUGGCUACACUGGCAAUGACGUAAAACCCAUCGGUCCUGUGCGUUGGCUGACCGAAAUGUGUCAGGGUGGGUGUAGUUGACUAUUGAAAUGGUCAGGCGAAGAAGCUGUGUCAUUUAGUAAAGUGGAACCCUGACACGGCACCUAUAUUUUUCACGGUUUCAGUACUCCUUGGGGCAGCAUUAGAACACAGUACAUCUGCCGAGGAAUGCAUGUUCAUGUCUGUAAUUUAGAACAGGAUAGGGAAACCUCACGAACACGUGGAACCUGCAGACAGACCCGUGAAACUGAACCGUUCUAUUAUAUUGUCUUAGAGCAGAAUUAGUCUUACAGUUUCUCUCAUCUAUUACAUUCCAUUGUACACUUUGUUGUUACUUGAGCGCAUGAGAUUCAAAAUGACAGAUAAACGUCUUUGGAAACAAGUUCUGGAUCUCUGAUUCGUACUGGACUCCUGCAGUAUUGACCGUUAUCCAUUGGUACAGUGUAAAAGCGGUGCACUCCUGACGGGAAAGAAACCAGGUCCAUUCCUUUUGUAUUUUUUUAUCCCUGCCAUGUGGUUUGCGAACACAAUAAAUAUGAGGAAAUGGUAUAAAUAUAUAUAUUGAAAAAUGUUCAGAAAUUCAUCUUGUUUGUCUCAUAAUACUGUCCUCAAUAAACACAGGUGAGCUCAAUGGAG